GUGAAGAUGAAAUUUUAUUUGACAAUGCCGCGCUUCGCGGACUUAUUGUAAUGGGAGGUUUAAACAGAACUUGCUCUGUACAUCCCAUUAAUAAAUCGCGCAAACGAUUUGGGCAGUAUCAUACACUAUUUUUUGAACUCAAGCAGCAUCCAGACCGAUUUUUCGAGUACUUGAGAAUGGAUAUUGCUACUUUUAACUAUAUUUUAGAAAAAGUGUCUCCAUGUCUACAAAUGAAUUGGACAAACUACAAUAAACAACCCAUUGGACCGGAAGAGAGGUUGGUUAUUACUUUAAGAUAUUGUGCUACAGGGGAAUCUUUCAAAAGCCUAUCAUUCACUUUUCGCAUGGGAGCUACAACAGUUGGAUCAAUUGUUAAAGAAACUGUUAACGCGGUAUGGAAUAUAUUACAGCCAAUACACUUGCCAGUUCCAACACAGAAUGAUUUCAUUAAAAUCAGUGAAGAUUACAUGAAAAUCUGGAAUUUUCCCAAUUGCUUAGGUGCAUUGGAUGGCAAGCACGUAAAAAUUAAAUGUCCCAGUCAUUCAGGAAGCAUGUUCUUUAAUUAUAAAAAAUUCUUUUCGAUCGUUCUUCAAGCAGUCUGUGAUGCAAAUUAUCGCUUUACUGUAAUAGAGGUGGGAGGAUAUGGACGACAAUCCGAUGGGGGUACUUUUCAAAGUUCGGCUUUCUCUAAAUUACUUUCAAAGAAACAAUUAAAUGUACCAAAUGAACAGUCUCUACCACAUACGCAAAUUCGAAUGCCAUUUGUUUUCAUAGCCGAUGAAGCAUAUCCACUACAAGAAAACUUGCUUAAACCCUAUAGUAGACAAACUCUGAAUCCUGAAAGGCAGUACUUUAACCAGCGAUUAUCUAGAGCUAGGAAGACGAUUGAAUGUUCAUUUGGUAUAAUAUAUGCAAAAUGGAGAAUAUUAUCGAAAGCCAUAGAAACAAACGAACAACUCGCCGACAUUACAAUUAAGGCAAUUUGUCUUUUACAUAAUAUUAUCAUGGAUAAAGAGGGUUUCGAAAGGCAUUUAAAAUUGGUCACAGAAAGUCCUGCAAAUAAUAAUUUUACAAGACCCAAUUGGAAUGCAAGAGGUCGGGUUCCCAAUCAAGCAAUUUUUAUUCGUGACACAUUUAAAGAUUACCUAAAUAAUUUCCCUAUUCAAUAUGAGUGACUCUGUAUAUAAAAUAAAGGUAUGUACUUAAAA